AAGUGUUGUGCACGUCAGCGUAUAAGUGAUUGGGCGCUCAGCUAACCAUAUCGCAUCUCAUUUAAGAGCGGUGUUGAAUGUGAAUUGAGAGAAGUGCAGCGGUUGAGACACAAACAGCGGAAAAUUUAUAAGCACAAGCAUUGUUGAUCUGGCAGUUCAGUUGAAAACUACUUCAUACGCUUUCGAUUUCGAAAACAAAUUUAUUGUAUAAAAAAUCAGUCAAAUAAGCAAAAAAGCGAAAAAAACUCAAGACGAUUUCAGGUUUUUUAUGAUUAUUUUCGCAAAAAUAAAAUAAAAAAAUUAAUUUAGAUAAAUAUAAUAUUUAUAUGUAUGUAUGUAUACAGUACAAACAAAUAAACAAAAUAUUCCGUGGCAGUGUUAAUACACCAAAAGUUUAAGUAAUUUAGUGACAAAAUGGUUUGUGUGACGGAGGAUACUUUCGGCACCGCAGUCGAUCCUCUAACUAAGAAGGAGGAGGUGAUCAGACGCUUCACCAUCACUAACGAGCGCGGAAUGUCGAUGCAGUUGAUAACCUACGGGGCCACAAUCACAUCACUAAAGGUGCCCGAUUCGCAAGGCAAGGUGGACGACAUUACGCUGGGCUUCGAUAAUAUUGAAGGCUACUUAACCGCAAAUAAUCCCUACCUCGGCGCUACAGUGGGACGCGUAUGUAAUCGCAUCGGCAAUGGAAGUUUUGUGCUCGAUGGCAAACGGUAUGAGCUCACAAAAAAUAUCUCAGGAAAGCACACGUUGCAUGGCGGCACUCAUGGCUUCAGCAAGGUUAUAUGGGAAGUGGAUCAUGUGCUGCCCAAUGGUGUCGUUUUCAAGUUCGUUUCGCCCGAUGGUCAUGAGGGCUUCCCCGGUGAAGUAGUGACUACCGCCACUUACACCAUCACCGACGAUAAUUGUAUGCGUUUCUGCUUCGAAGCAACGACCAACAAACCGACAGCGGUCAAUAUGACUAAUCACGCAUACUUCAAUUUGGCGGGUCAUAAUGCCGGCAAGCGAGGGACGUCGGAGCAUAACGUUAAAAUUGAGGCUGGGAGCGUUACAGAUUUUGGUGAGGAUACUGUGCCUAAUGGCAAAUUUAUUUGCUUGGACGAUCACCCAUUGGACUUGCGGAGCCUGACAAAUAUGGGCGAUGGCCUGAAGAAAAUCGCCGGCAUCGCUAAUGGAUACGAUCACAAUUACGUGUUUAAAUAUACACCUGGAUGUGUAGAAAAGCAAGCUAUUGUCUUCCAUCCACCAACUGGCCGCUGCAUGGAAGUUUCAAGCAAUCAGCCCUGCAUGCAGUUCUAUACUGCCAACUACAUGCCCGAUUUGGAGAAAAAAAAGGGUAAACAGAAAUCCGACCAGCCCAUGAUCAUUGGCAAGGGAAACAGCCUGUAUGAGAAGCACGGCUCAUUCUGCAUGGAGACGCAUUGGUUCCCGGAUGCUGUGAAUCAUGAAAACUUCCCUUCGGUUAUACUGAGACCCGGCGAGACGUACCAACAUGUCUGCAUAUUUAAGUUUGGCGUGUAUGAUCCCAACUGCGAGUAAAGCCUAGGACCUAAAACAAUAAUUCCGGAGGCAGCCGUUGCUAUAGAAAGGCCUAAACAUUACAUAGAUGUAAGAAUAAAACCCCAUUGUAACUUGAACUUUACCUAAAAUAAGCAGAUAAUAGAAAACCUUAUUAACCUAAAAGUA